AGAUGGCGCUGCCCAGGGUGAUAAACACGCCAUGUAUGAUUCUCCGACCGCAAAAUUGGCAUCACACGGCAGUUUUUUCGUUUCCAUUAGUACAACAAAUACGUUUCAGCAGAUAUCCUAGGCACUAUGUAUCGCCAGUCGUGACGAAAGAAGUUUACGAAAAAAGUGAAGAUUUACCAUAUGAUACAAGUAUACCGAUCAGAGCAGCCAAAAAUGACGAGAGCUCUUCGGUAUUCUAUGACCCAACCGUAGCGAAAUUUACCAAUCUGUUGAUGAAGACUGGAAGAAAACAUUUAGCAAGAAAUUUACUAAGAGAGACAUUUGAAGAAAUAAAGAGGGUACAAGUUGAAAAAUAUCACAAAGCUGCUGCAGAUUCGAGAGGCAGGAUAGAAACCAACCCUAAUGUUAUAUUUCACAGAGCGUUAGAGAAUAUCAAACCAGUGAUUGGUCUGACUAGUAUUACACGAGGUGGCAAAUCAUAUCAGGUUCCUGUCCCAUUGAAAGAAAGUAGACAGAGAUUUUUAGCAAUGAAAUGGUUACUCAAUGAAGCAAGGAACAAACCGAAACCAAAAAAACAACAUCUGCCAGUAAGGUUAUCAAAGGAGAUAAUGGCAGCAUACAAUACAGAAGGUGAUGUGAUUAAGAAGAAAUAUGAACUUCACAAACAAGCUGAUGCCAAUAAAGCUUUUGCUCAUUUUAGAUGGUGGUAGUGUUAGAUAACUGAAUGUACAGCAUUAUUUUGUUUUUUGUAGCAUUUUUCAUGUAUUCAACUAUAACUUUAACAGAGGUCAACAUUUGUUAAGCUGACGAAAAAAAUGUUGUAGGUCGAUUUGUUUUAUAUAAUAGAUGAGUGAGGACGAACUUUAAUUUCAUUCUGUAAUUGUCAUUAAAUAUGAUUUGGUUUGUUGUUUUCUUCUGUCAGAUUUCUUAUUUAACAAUGUUGAACUCCAACACAUGAAGACAGCUUUUCUAUAUAUUGUUACAAAGACAGUACAGAAAGUCGUGUAGUAUUCUGAGAGAAUAUUUUGGUGUAGGGAACCAAGAACAGAGUAAAAUUAUUGGAACUUAUAGUUUUCAAAAAUGUCUGCCAUCUUGUUUUUGUUCCAUGUUUGGAAUUCAGAUUUCCUAAUAUGGUAGGAUAGGAUGUAAUGGUAUUCUAUAUAUUAUGUUCUACUCAAAACUGUUCAGUUUAUACAUGUAUAUUGUAAACAAACUCCAAGGCAAAUAAUAACUACUGUAAAAUCUAUAUUAUCAGCCAUGGCUUCUAUUGAAUCAUUACACUGCAACAGAUUGGAGGCGGUUUCUAUUAGUGCAUUUACAUGCAAGAACAGAGAAUUUUUGCUUUUCAAUUGUUCAAACUUCUAUUUGGGAUGUAGCUUCUACCAGUAAUACAGAUUUUAAUUCAUAGAGGCUUUUGGACAAUCUGUGAACCAAAUUUGUUUUUUGGUAUAAAUCUUUGCACGUUA